AUGGCUGAGAAUAGGCCAGUAGAGGAGACAGCAAACGGGCAUUGCGAUUUACGGAUGUCACAUAUGUCGACGUCAAACGAAAACGGACAAGUUCAAGAAUCAUCAGGCAGUACUAGGUAUACCCUGGCGAGUAUAAGUCCAGGAACAGCGUUCAACUUUGGUGUUAGGACGGCAGAACGCUCAAGAAUAUUCGCAGGCAAUAUCUCCUCCACUAUUCAAGGGAUUCGUCCUCUCAUACAACAGGCAGCGCCUAAUAUAUCGUUGACGUCGCUCCUGGCCAUCCAUGGGCUCCGAAAUCAAGUCCAUUCAACCGCGUUGCCGAACGACAGCUACGUGAUCAAUCUAGAGGAGCCUGUAACAAACAAUUCUCACAAUGAACCUGUGCGCAAUCAUCAGCAUCUUCACCAUCAUCAUCAUCAUCACCAUGUAGUCUCGGCAAUAUCAAACACUCUAUCGGACAACACGCACGAGACUGCAAAUGAAGUUGUCGAAAAUAACAAUGAUAGCAGCACCUCGGAAAACACCACCAACGGCAACGUCCAGAUAAGUCCGGAGGCUAGGGCGAUGCUGAAGCAAUUUCAACAAUACUUUCCCUUCAUCGCCAUUCUCCUCGCCAAAAGUCUCUACGACCACAGAGCUGGAAUACUCACGUUCGUCGUGCUGCUCGUGACGUUUAUUCACGCGAACAAUGACCUUAAACGCGAGAUCGCCAAGCAACAUAAUCGGAGCUGGUCGUUGCUCAUGCUAAUUUUGUGCUAUAUCACCGCCUGCAUCGUGUUCGUUGUUUAUACUUUUCAUUUUUAUACCUUUGCUCCUUAUGCCGAACCGCUCUCAAUCUGGGACUUGCUUUGUUACGUCACCGUGAUGGACUUCUUCCUUAAACUCAUCACCAUUGUCUGCAAAGUUCUCUUGACUUGUCUACCGGUACGGAUACUGGCGUUCCAGAAUCGGGGAAAAUAUUAUCUCAUGGUGGAAGCGAUGUCACAACUCUAUCGAUGCAUUGCACCUGUCCAGCCGUGGUUGUAUUACCUGUAUGAAACGUAUCAAGGUCCAGAGAAAAUUGUGGGAAUUUUUUUCUCGGUAAUGUACACAAUGAGUAAAGGUAGCGAUUUACUGUCGCGACUUAAACUAUUUCGCACCGCCGUAUGGAAGCUGUUUCAAAACGUGAGUCUUGGAGUAUCUCCAUCGAAGGAACAGCUGAUUGCCUCUGGCGGUAUAUGUGCCAUUUGCCAUGAAGAAUAUACUACACCAGUUAGACUUCAUUGUAAGCAUAUUUUCUGUGAAACGUGCGUUUCAACGUGGCUCGACAGAGAACGGUCGUGUCCUCUGUGUCGCGCGUCUAUCACAGACGAUCCGAUUUAUCGGGAUGGCCAUACGACACACUUCAUUCAAUUGUAUUGAUUCCGUCAAUUAUCAUCUCUUUAGAGAUAACUUUUGUACAGUUUUUUAUUACUAAGUAAAAAUGUAAGAAGUUCUGUUAACGGCAGUCUUUACUAUCAACGUGGUUUCCAUUAUUUAUUAUAAUUGAAUAAGCUUUAAAUUUGUACUUCUUAAGUUUUUUAGAGGAAAUUUUAAUAAUAUUGAAAUAAUAUCUUUUAAUAAAACUAGAUGCAUUGACAAGAUAUCAGAUUAAAAAAUUGUAUAUAUAUUUAGACAUAUAAAAUAUAUUGUACAUAAACAGUUAUAUUUAGGAAUUUAUAGUGUUAAUUUAAAGGAAUCAUGAUAAAACCAAAAAUAUGUGGGAAAACAUUGAUUCCUCCAAUAAAACUAACAAAAUCUACGGGUAAUACAAGAAAUAUUUGAAUAAAUUAUCUCGGAUAUAUAAAUUGAAAUUUAAUAAUCUAUUCCAUUAUUUUUGUAUUAAUUUUUUAACUUUUAUUAUAUAUUAUAUUUUAUUAUUUUAUUGUUAUAUUUUAUUAAUAAGUAUUCAUUAAAAUAAAAUAUAUAUUAUUAAAUAAAUUUGAUAUCAAAUGUAAUUAUUAUUACUUGUUAAAAAUUGCAACUUUGAAACGCGCCAUAUGUGCUUUUGAUAAGAUAAUUAAAAAUUUUUCGGAAUUUUCAGACUGUUACUAAACGUUGUUCAUAAAAAUCAUGCAUGAUUAGCAAUUUCUUUGUCAUAUCAUUAAAAUUUUUGUCUUAAUCAUAUCGAAUAAAAGUAAAAAGUCACUA